CAUACCGAGAGUUUUAUUAACCAAACAACAGAGGUAGAGCAGAGAGCGAGGGCUAGCGGGAGAGAAGAGAGAAUGGCGACCACUGUAUCUGCAUGGGCGAAGCCUGGGGCAUGGGCCCUCGACUCGGAAGAACACGAAGCUAUGGAGCUUCUUCAGCAGCAGCAGAAGGACGACGCUAGUGAAAAGAGUGAUGGUCAUAUCGACUACGCCUCCAACUCCAAUCCCACCCACCAACAACCUCUCACCUCAGAUUUUCCUUCUCUCUCCGUCGCUGCUGCCACCAAAUCCAAGAAGAAGAAGGGCCAGACUUUCUCCCUUGCCGAAUUCAACACCGGCAACUCUGUCACCUAUGGUUCCGCCAAAGCCGCUCAGUCCAACCUAGCCAAGGGUCUCACCACCGAUGAGCUUCUCAUGCUCCCCACCGGCCCUCGCGAGCGCACUGCCGAGGAACUUGAGCGUGCUUCCUCCCGUGGAUUCCGUUCUUAUGGUUCCGGCGGCAUGCAUGAAAACGGCCGUGGUAGUAGGUAUUCUAACGGCGAUGAUGCUUCCAACCCUAGGUGGGGCUCUUCUAGGGUUUCCGAUGAACCCCGCAGGAACGGAAGUUUUCACAGGGAACCUGCUCCUUCCCGUGCUGAUGAGAUUGACGAUUGGGGUGCCGCAAAGAAAUCUGUGGCUGCUCCGCCUCCGUUUGAGCGCAGAGAGAGGAGUGGUUUCUUCGAUUCGCAAUCUAGGGCUGACGAAUCGGACAGUUGGGUGACGAACAAGACCUUCGUUCUAUCCGAAGGACGAAGAGUGGGGUCAGGAGGUGGAUUUGAGAACCAUAGGGAUAGAAGGGGAGGUUUUGAGAUGUUUCAGAAGGAGUCGUCCCUCGGUAGCGGUGCAGAUUCGGAUUCUUGGGGGAAGAAGAGGGAAGAGGGCAAUGGAAGUGGAAGGCCGAGACUUGUUUUGCAGCCACGAACUUUGCCAUUGAGCAACGGCGAUCAGCAACAGCCUGGGUCCGUGACUACGACCAAAAGCAAGGGUUUGAACCCGUUUGGAGAGGCCCGACCAAGGGAGGAAGUUUUGGCGGAAAAAGGUCAGGAUUGGAAGAAGAUUGACGAGCAGCUCGAGUCGAUGAAGAUCAAGGAGGUUAAGAAUGGAGGUCCUGCUCAUAGUGAUGGCCCGUCGUUUGGAAAGAAGAAUUUCGGAACGGGGGACGGAAGGACAAGUCUACCUGAAGACCGGACGGAGAGAAGCUGGAGGAAGACAGAUUCAGUUGAUGUUCCUACCCCGAGUGCUAGUAAAACCAACGAUAAUGAAGGCGUUGCUGUAAACUGAGGAUGGAGAGAUUGUAGCAAUACGACUUUGGAGGCUGAGCUACAAAAAAACUUUUGCUGAAGAGGUGUCGGAUUGAUAAGAUUAUUAGUUUAUUAGUCCAAUUUUACUUUUGUUUUUUCUUCAAUUUUGUUUUAAUCCCAUCUGGGGGGUUUACUGUGGAAUUCGGGACAGCCAGUUUUUGUAGCUUUUUUUUUUAAGUAGCUUGUUUUUAUUAUUUUUUUAGGUUUGGACUCGUAUCUAGCCGAGAGAUGAGCGCACUCAAUUAUUUGUAUGCAUAUUGUUUCUAUAUUUUUUAAAUGAAGUUUCUGUGCUUAGCAGAUUUUGAUUCUAAUUUCGUGACAAAUAAAGCAAGAGAAAUUAUGUCCUUA